AUGAGACUCUCCAAACCCCUCACUUUCCUGCUUUGGCACCUGGCUUGGCUGGACCUGGAAUUUAUCUGCACUGUGUUGGGGGCUCCUGACUUGGGUCAGAGACCCCAGGGGGCCAGGCCAGGAUUGGCCAAAGCAGAAGCCAAAGAGAGGCCCCCUCUGGCCCGGAACGUGUUCAGGCCAGGGGGUCACAGCUAUGGUGGGGGAGCCACCAAUGCCAGGGCAAAGGGGGGCACUGGGCAGGCAGGAGGCCUGACACAGCCCAAGAAGGAUGAACCCAAAAAGCUGCCCCCCAGAUCGGGUGGCCCUGAACCCAAGCCAGGACACCCUCCCCAGACAAGGCAGGCUGCAACUCGGACUGUGACCCCCAAAGGACAGCUUCCUGGGGGCAAGGCACCCCCAAAGGCAGGUGCUGUCCCCAGCCCCUUCCUGCUGAAGAAGGCCAGGGAGCCUGGGGCCCCUCGAGAGCCCAAGGAGACGUUCCGCCCGCCCCCCAUCACGCCCCACGAGUACAUGCUCUCGCUGUACAGGACGCUGUCCGAUGCUGACAGAAAGGGAGGAAACAGCAGCGUGAAGUUGGAGGCCGGCCUGGCCAACACCAUCACCAGCUUUAUUGACAAAGGGCAAGAUGACCGAGGCCCUGCGGUCAGGAAGCAGAGGUACGUGUUUGACAUCAGUGCCCUGGAGAAGGAUGGGCUGCUAGGGGCCGAGCUGCGGAUCUUGCGGAAGAAGCCCUCGGACACAGCCAAGCCAGUGGCCCCCAGUAGCGGGCGGGCUGCCCAGCUGAAGCUGUCCAGCUGCCCCAGCGGCCGGCAGCCGGCAGCCUUGCUGGAUGUGCGCUCCGUGCCAGGCCUGGACGGAUCUGGCUGGGAGGUGUUUGACAUCUGGAAGCUCUUCCGAAACUUUAAGAACUCGGCCCAGCUGUGCCUGGAGCUGGAGGCCUGGGAACGGGGCCGGGCUGUGGACCUCCGCGGCCUGGGCUUUGACCGGGCUGCCCGUCAGGUUCACGAGAAGGCCCUGUUCCUGGUGUUUGGCCGCACCAAGAAGCGGGACCUGUUCUUUAACGAGAUUAAGGCGCGCUCUGGCCAGGACGAUAAGACCGUGUACGAGUACCUGUUCAGCCAGCGGCGAAAACGGAGGGCUCCACUGGCCACCCGCCAGGGCAAGCGGCCCAGCAAGAACCCCAAGGCCCGCUGCAGCCGAAAGGCGCUGCAUGUCAAUUUCAAGGACAUGGGCUGGGACGACUGGAUCAUCGCACCCCUGGAGUACGAGGCCUUCCACUGCGAGGGACUAUGUGAGUUCCCCUUGCGCUCUCACCUGGAGCCCACGAACCACGCAGUCAUCCAGACCCUGAUGAACUCCAUGGACCCGGAGUCCACGCCGCCUACCUGCUGUGUGCCCACGCGCCUGAGUCCCAUCAGCAUCCUCUUCAUUGACUCCGCCAACAACGUGGUCUAUAAGCAGUAUGAGGACAUGGUGGUGGAGUCUUGUGGCUGCAGGUAGCAGCUCUGGCCCUGUCUUCCUGGUGGUGCAUCCCCAAGACGCUGUGCACAGGGGCCCCUCCUCGAGGUUUGUGGGAUCACACAGGGGUCAGGAAGCAGCAGCCGGGAACAUCUACACAUCCUGCUCGAAAGGGGAUUCCAACAGCCUUGCUCACUCUGCAAGUGGGACAAGGGCUGAAAGGUCCUUUCUAUCUGCAAGUCCCUCUGUCUAAGGAUUUCUGCCCUUCUGCUGCUCUGACUGGCAGGGACAGGCCCAGGGAGACAGACUCUGAAUGGGACUGAGACCCAACAGACCUGGUUUUCCAGUGCAGCUCAG